AUGGCCACCGCACUCGAUAAUGUUCUUAAUGUUUGGAGCAGAAUUCGGCACAAUAGUCCAAUCUACAACUUUCUCCUAGAAGAUGUCGAAGUUUACGAGGCGAGCAAAGGCGUGGUUCGUUCCAGGAUACAAGUUUCUGCUCGUCAUUUGAACUCGAAGAAUGGGCUACACGGUGUCUUCUCAGCCUGCGUUGUGGACUGGGCUGGAGGGUUGGCAAUCGCAUCUCACGGUCUCGAAUCCACCGGCGUAAGCACAGAUAUUCAUGUGUCGUACCUAUCAAAAGCCGUUCUCGGGGACUGGCUCGAGAUCGAAAGUCGGACCGACAAAGUUGGCAAGACCCUUGGCUUCACAAAUGUCACAAUCUCUAAGCGUGAUAACGAUGGCCAGCUUAGCGUAGUUGCGAAAGAUAGCGAUACUAUGGAUGAAGCGGGUGCUUCUUCUAACCCGAGUCCGGAGAAUGGACAGCCUGACCCUGCUCAACUUCAGACGUCCGCCGAAAGUAACGACCAGGUCCUCUUGACGACUCCUCAAGAUGCAGAGCCUCUGGCAUCGCUGCUGGGACAACAGAUGUUGCGCUACCUCGCGACAGCCAACAAUGAAGUACUGCUUGCGUCUCUUGGCGCGUUGGCGCUCCUCACAUAUUUCGUCCUUGGACGACUGGGUUUGCUGCUCAUUGGCAUGGUUUCGGGAUUCCUGCUGCAGGAAUAUUUAAGGGAUAUUACAGACCAUAGUGCCCAUCACGUGGGAGACCGCAAUAUCCUGCCUUCUUCCAGAAGGAAAGAGCUUGGGAUUGAAGUUGCCUCUCGGCUACUAGACUGGACCUCCCAGAACGCCACCAUUCAAACGGAUCGUGUUGUCGAAGUCGCACAAAUCCAUGACGCUGCUAUUGCUGUCGAUACAUCUCGCUUUCGUCCCGCAACUGCUGCUGCGCUCUCGGAGUUAAUUGAUGCUAUACUGGGAAAUUAUGUGAGUCACUGGUAUAGGCCUAUUCUACCCUCCGAGGAUUCGUUUCCGAACGCUUGCAGAAAAGUUUUAGUCGGUUUCAUUAACUCGCUAUCGACGCAUAUAACUCGCAAACGAUCAGCGGAUACGUUUCUCCAGUUUGUUACGAAUUCGAGCUCCAUGAUAAUAGUGUUUCUGAAUGAGUUAUCCUUAGCGUUACAAGCUGCAGGCCCCGAUUCGUUGUCGACCGAACACUAUGUACGAGAAUAUUUGAAGCAGUAUCCAGACAGCAACUUAGCCAAUGUGCUGUCAAUAGACCAGCAGCAGAGGAAGCUGAAAAUGAUCGCAGAUGACUUGCUUUCAAAUUUCCUCGACGCUCCGGUUUACCAGUGUGAGGUUGUCAAAAACUUCCUACGCGAAAUAUUUGCUGGCGUUGUCCUCGAGUCAGUGGUCAAAAGCUGUUCAGAGCCGGAUUUCAUAAAUGGGUGGAUAGUGUAUCUUUUGAAGGAAGGCGAGCCGGAAAUUAUGAAUGCAAUUGAUGCUGGACUAGAAAGCGCCUCGAAGGGCGACAUAGCAGCUCUUUCCGGAAUCGCAAGCCAUACGUCUCAGGACUUAGCCAAAGCCAUACCUACCAAUACGACUAAAUCACAUGGAAAGAAGCCUUCCCGCCCUGAACAGGAAGCUGUCGCUUUACAUAAGCCCAUUCGUGAGGAGAUUGCCCUACCAAGCGACCUAUCCCAUAAGAGAGACAAGUCAGGUUCUUUGGCUAGGAAUGACUCCGUAUCUAGUAUAAGUACGCAAGGAGCUACACCAAGUCUCUCUGCAGACCAGCUUUCGAGAAAAGAUCGGAAAGACACCGAAGAAACUCAGCGGCAGCUGAUCGAGACUGAAAUCCAUGAGCAAAGCUUAAGUGAAACCAAAAACAGUGAACAGGAAGCCGAGGAUGCUACCAUUCAUAUCCUCUAUGGUGCCUCCGUGCUAGUCGAUGACGGCUCGAUUCCUGGCGACAAGGUCACGAUGAAAGCUAAGCCGACAACUGAAUACAUGCUACAAAUUGAGCCCGCCUCGACACGAUAUCCAGGUUGGAUGAUCUUCAGGAGAUAUCAAGAUUUUGAGCAUUUGCAUCAAGGUCUCGAGACAUUAUCUAGAUAUCACCACGUUUCAUUCCUGGAAGCUCAUGCUUCUUUGCCUACUUAUCGCGAUCAAACAAAGUCUUCAUUAGCAAAGGCUUUAGAGCGAUACCUUCGUGAUGCAUUAGAAUAUAGAGAACUAGCGACAUCGGAACGUCUUCGGCGUUUCCUCGACAAAGACAAUGAGCUGAGCCAGGCGGCACCAACACCUCCAAAGACCGGGUUAUCUGUGCGUGCCUCGAGCACAUUUGAAAAUAUGGGAAAAGGCAUGCUAGGUGUACUUUCGAAUGCACCAAAAGGUGUCGCUGGUGGUGGGAAGGCUGUAUUCGAUGGGGUAUCCGGCGUUUUUGGGGGCGUGAACCGAAGCAGGAAGAGCGUAGAUAUCACCCCGUCUCAAUUGAGCAGCUCGUCGGUUGGUGGCUCAAACGGUACACUCAACAACAUUCAAGAAGACCAAGACAACGCAUCUUCACAGGAUCACGUCUCCCAAGAGCAAAAUAGUCCUCCGAUAGUUGACCAGCAAGCCAAUGAGUCGUCCACUAGUAUUGUCGACAUGCCUUCGGCAGGAACAAAUGAGCAGGAACCAACGGCAGAUGACUCGGGAGGGCAGAGUGCUGGACAAGCCAUACAAACAAGCCCCCGAUCAUCAGCGGCUCCUUCUAUACAGGAAACAAGUCUUGUGAGUGAGGAGACGAAAUCUCAACAUUCUGAUGAUGUUGUGUAUAGUCAAGUGACAAGCGAUGACUCGAAUACGUCGACAAAAGAACACGCCGAUCAAAAUCGCGCGUCCUCGAAAAACAGUCCUAUUACUGAAGAGGAAACGCGCGUUGCCGUUGAAUUGAUUUUUGCAGUCAUCAAUGAAUUAUAUACGCUGUCCUCUGCUUGGAACAUUCGAAAAACACUACUUAAUGCUGCAAAAACCUACGUACUACGGCCAAGGAAUAAUCCUCAUUUAGAAUCGAUCCGCGCCCUGGUACAGGAGUCGAUGAUCGAUGCUCAUACUAAAGAUGAGGCGAUUGCCAUUAACAUUAAUAAAAUAAGGAAAAACUCGCUGCCGACAGAGGAGGAACUGAAAGCUUGGCCGCCUCCAUUAAGCAAAGACGAAAGCGAGAAGCUGAAGAAUGAAGCAAAGCAGCUGCUCAUCGAAAGAGGUAUGCCUCAAGUUCUGAUGAGCGUAAUGGGUGCUGCUGCUUCUGGAGAGGCGCUUGGUAAGGUCUUCGAUUGCCUUCAAAUCGAGGACGUUGGACGAGGCAAAAAUGAGUGGAACGCAAUCGAAUCUCAGAAUACGGGCCCAGUCAUGGGGCCAAAGUCGAAGAAGCGUUCAAGCGAAUACCAAUCCGAUGACGGAUUUGUGAUCGAUGGCGAUGACCAGCAGCAGCACAAGAGCAGCAAGAAACUGAAGACCACAACCGACACUAAGCCGGGACCCUCGUCGUCAUCUUCGAAUCAAAAAAUUGACUCCAAUGGCGACGUCUACUGGGACAUUUCCAGUCAUCGCAGAGUCACCGUCUCUACGUUCAGGGGAAGAAGCAUGGUGAACAUUCGAGAGUAUUACGAGAAGGAUGGCCAGGAACUUCCGGGGAAGAAGUUCAGCGCCCUUAUCGAUCACCUUCCAGAGAUCGAGCAGGCGCUUUCUGCCAAAGGCAUCUCGGUCCCUAGACCUUCGUACAAUGGCACUUCAGAUGAUCAGGAAAAUGAUGAUGAAGACCGAUCUCCGUCGAACGGCAAGAAGAAUAUCGAUACUACGAGCGACGAGGAUGAAGAUGAUGACUGA